AUGUGUGAAGAGGUGCUUCUCUAUGUGCCCUUCAAGGGUGAGACUGUGGACGUGUUCGACAACAGCCGCCACACACAGCUCUACGAACAGCACAAGGAGCUGAUAAACGCAAAGCAUAGAGAAUACAGCCCUGCAGACGACGACGAGAUCGUGGCCCAGCUGAUCGAGGAAUAUCACCGGGACGAAGAAGCAGCCACCGAAGCCACCGACGAUGUCACCACCACCACCAUUCACCAAGAUGAAGACGCCGACCUGCUACCAAACGAAGAUCUGAUGCGGCUCGUUAAGGAGACUAGCUCGUGUGCUGCCGUGCGCAAACAUCAAGACGUCAUGGACGUUGGCGAGUACGUCAAGCUAAUGCGCAUGACGAAUGCCGAGCAGUACGAGCUGCUCCAAGAGAUCAUCCACAGGCAGACUACUCUCGGCGCACCUCUGUUGUGUGUCUUCUUGACGGGACCUGCUGGGUGUGGCAAAACGUUCGUCAUGCGUCUGGUGAUAGACGUGUACAACCGGUACAACAGCAACGCAUUCGUCAUGUGUGCGAGCACGGGCAAGGCGGCGGUGGCAGUAGGGGGAAGCACCGUGCAUGCGGCUUUCAAGCUCUCCCGCAGCAAGACGAGGGACCUCAGAGGUUUAAGCGACAGCGAGCUGAACACGUUCUGCGUGGCCUUUUGUCACAUCAAGGUUGUCAUCAUCGACGAAGUCAGCAUGCUGUCCGCCGACAAACUCGACAUCAUCGAAUGCCAUCUCCGACAAAUCAGUCUCCACGAACCCUUCAGGGGACUGGACGUGAUCAUGUGCGGUGACUUGUGUCAGUUGCCGCCCAUCAGAGCCAAUGAAGUGGUGUUCAAGAGAUGCAGGGACAGAGUCAGCGGGCUCUUUGGACCCAUCAUCAAAUGGCAGUACCUGGAUUACUUCACACUCGUCCAGGUAGUCCGCCAAGCCGAUGCCACCUUCUCUGCCCUGCUUACCAAAAUCUGA